AUGGCGCGUGCUCAUGCUAGGCCAAAGGUGUCGGAUUCAGCAAAGAACACCCGAAAUAUUCUAAUCACUCAGAUACAAAAGUCUGUAGAGAGUGGAGAUCUUCUUUCAGCUCUAGGAUAUUGGCGGAGUCUCGAGGAGCAUAAGGCGUCCGUGCAGCCCGAUGACGAGGGAUAUGGUUUACCUGAGUCGACUGAACAGAAGUUGGCUUCUCUUUUCAAAAGUCAGGUUCAAAAAGCGCACGCGGCUCCGUCAUGGGAUCCAGUAAUUGCUCAAGACUUCGCACUGCGAGCUGCAAUUCAUGGCUCAGCGGAAGCAUUGUAUGGUUUAAUGCUGGUCCAGCUCCAAAUGAAAAGACCGCAGGAGACACUGGGUCUCUACAGACAAUUUAUGGCGUCUGUAGAUUCCCCAGAAAUAGUAGACGACGUGGACGACAACGGGCUUGCAGGGUUGGUUCGUGAAGGCAAUGAAUCUAAUUUCGACCACUUUCGUGUCUCGGUAUUACUUGCUGCGAUAACUGCGCACGCCAUGACCGACUCGUUCCGUGCUGCGUUUGAUACGUACAUGUCGUCAAAACUUCGCGUGUCUUCCUUUCGCAAGAAUUUAUUCUUUCAAGAAGUCAAUAUCCCGUCCGAAGUAGUUAAAAAGGCUCAGAAAUAUGCCAACAGAUUGGAAAUCCUUGCGUUGUUAUCAAAACCAUCUGCAUUAUCAAAACAUAUCAUGAAUCUAGCGCAUCCAAGGACAGCACCUGUAUUAAUUCGCUUGUAUCAAACCAUCUUGGACGGAAUUCACGACGAAUCGGACCCAUACCUUGCCGCGGAUCGCGUCGGUCUAUCUGAAACAAGAUUGGCUGCAAUGACAGAAGUCGGUUGGACAUCCUUUCAGACGGGAUUUAUUAGGUGUGAACGGAAGGAUUUAGCUGCUCAGCUCUGGAGUGAUCUUGCAAAUUUGGGAAUCCAGCCGGGCGUAACGAUGUGGACAGGCUUGUUGGAUGUCUAUGCAGAUCUUCGUGACUCAACACAAUCUAUGCUUACCUGGAACAUGAUGCUGCGCCAAAAAAUUGAACCAGAUGAGUUGUCGUACAGGGCGAUGAUAGCUGUUCUGUUCGACGACAACAAACUAGAUGAAGCUAUUCAACGAUUUCAAGAAUUCAGAAAACGUUUUAAAAUUCAUAAUGCUCCUCAACUAACUGUUUACAACACUGUGCUACGAGGAUUACUUCGUUCGAAACGGAUACUCGAAGCUAAUCAACUGCUAUCGACAAUGCUAAAAAACGGACCUGCACCUGAUGUCGUUUCGUUCAACACUUUCCUUGGAUUCUACAGUCGCGAAAAAGAUUUCUCAGGUCUCGCCACGACAGUGAACCGGAUGUCAGACGCGAAGAUUACUGGCGAUGUAGUGACCUUUUCAACUAUCAUGACUGCCUUAUUGCAAGUAGGAGAGAGAAAUGCGCCGAAUAUCAUUUUAGGAAUUAUGCAGAAGCAGGGUGUACAGCCAAACGUCGCUACUUAUACCGCCAUCAUCGAUCAUCUAAUGCGGGAACAGUCGAAUGAGAAUUUGGAGGCGUCAUUGAAGCUACUUGACAAAAUGGAGCAGGAUCCUGUUACCAAACCAAAUGAGGUGACAUAUACCACAAUCCUUACUGGUCUAUACCGAGGACGCUGGACUGACCGGCAGAGGGCAGAGGAAGUCAGAGGGGACAUAGUGUCGCGGAUGAGACGGUUCAAAGUCGCGUUCCGUUUACCGACAUAUCACACACUUAUUCAAGCCGCAUUGGAUUCACCAUACCCGGAUGGAUAUAAGGACGCGCUCGCCCUUAUUCAGGAGAUGGAGGAUCAAGGGAUUCCCCGAGUCAAUAAUACGUGGUAUAUAUUAUUCAAAGGGCUGGAACGGUUGGAACAGUGGGAAGCUGUAAACGAGAUGGUGCGGAAGAUGUGGAGGAGUCAGCAUAAGCCAACAGAGAGUCUACAGAAGGUUAUUGAUCGUAUCGUCAGAAAAACAUCGUAG